AUGCAUUCUGUGGAUCAUAGAAAUAGUCAUCAGGUACUUUUCAUGGAUGAAGAUGAUGUAGAUAGCAUUUCCAGAUCAAACCACACGAUAUCAUAUUACCAAGUGGCAACUCCAAAAUCACCACAUGAACUCUCUUCUAUAGCGGAUAAUGAGGAUAAUGACUCUAUACACUCGUCACACCCACAUGAAGAUGCUGAAAGGUUAAAGUUUAUGUCCACAAGAAGAGAAAUACUGGACCAACUAAACUUGCAGAUCAUGUUGACACAUAAAGAAAUGGAGCAUAUAAUAGAAGAGAAUGAUAAGGUAUCCGGGCAGUUGGAAGUGUUAAAGAUAAUGCAUGAUGACCCUGAACUAACGGAUAAGAUCUCAAAGUACCAAGAGACGAGAACUAAAGAGGUGGAGGAAAGCAUCAAGGCGGGAUGCUCAAAUGUGGAAACCCGCGAGGGAAUCUAUUACUACCAUACAAGAAGUAAAGGCGGAUCGAAAGUUAGUGGGCUACGGCUUGCUAAUGAAAACGUUAUUGACAUUCGUAUGCGUGGCAUAAAGACUGUUCCUCAACAAACUUCAGCCACUGAGGUACAGAAAUCAGAGGCAAUAAUUUCGAAGAUGCCUCACCAUAAUCACCAACGAAACUUCAGUAGCACAUGCGCUACUAGCAACAGUGGUAUGAUCGGAACCACUGACUUGGGUCAGCCUAUAUUCAGAAGACCUGAUGGAAUACUCAUAAUAAUUACAUGCUCUCAAUGUGGAAGGGAAGGUUUCACAUCUGCGCAAGGUAUUGUCAAUCAUAUGAGGCUAAAACAUUUUCUCCACUAUCAGUCACAACCCUUAGCGGUGCUCAGUAACCAGGUUAUACUUCCGGAUGAAAAGCAGGAUCCAGAGAUCCUAGCGAAGUUCAAAGAGUUAAAGAAAACUCCAAAGGAUAGCUAUUUGGCUUCGCCGAUACCCUUACAACAUAAUGACAAAAAAAUUACGAAAGACACGCCGAAGGCAACCUCGGUAGCUGAAGAAUCCGCCCUAACGAAAUCAACGACCCAUCUUCAGAAAAUGUAUGGCAAGGACGAUUUCAAGGAUAUAAUCAACUACGUCAAGGACGCAAAGAAUGAUCUUGAAACGAUAAUGAAAUAUGAGGAUGAGGAGGGUUUAGGAACCGCUUCAGAAGAAGAAGCAAAACCGAAACCUAGAAAAAGGAGUAUGCUCAAUGAACGGAAUAAGCCUGCCGAAAAGAAAGCAAGACCAGAUGUCAUACAUGUCACCGAGAAUCACAUUCCUGAGGAAGAAAAACGUUCUAGACAUUAUAAUCUUCGUGCUAAGUCAAAGCUUAGGUCUUUCAAUCGUGAUGACUGA